AUGCCGACGCCGACGCGGGCGUCGCGCGUGGCGCGCGCGGGCGUGAACGAUGGCGAAAACCAACGUCGGGCGACGUCGCGUCGAUCGUCUGUGCGUCGCCGUCGAUCGCGCGACGCCCGGACGCGGGCGACGGGCGAGAAAACGGCCGCGCGAAAGAUCGCCAUCGUCGGUGGGGGGUUCGCGGGGACGUCCGUGGCGUAUCACGCGCUGGAGCGGGCGCGGGAAGCGGUGGCGGUGACGGUGAUCGAUCGCGUGGGCAUCGCUGGUGGGGCCUCGGGCGUCGCCGCGGGGCUGGUACAUCCGUACACGGCGCGCGGACGGGUGGUGUGGCGGGGGGUGGAGGGCGCGGCUGGGGCGCGGCGGUUGAUGCGCGUCGCGGCGAGCGCGAGCGAGACGGCGGCGGAUGGGGGAUGGCGCGAGCGGAGCGACGAUUGCGACGGCGGGUGGCGGGAAGACGUUGGACGAGCGACGGGCGAGCGACGGGGUGAACCGGUGUCGCGGGAGCCGGGUAUCGUGCGACCGGCGCGGACGGCGAAGCAAGGGAUGGAUUUCGUGAGGUAUCGAUCCGAGCGAGACGCGGCGGAUUUCGCGAGCGCGUGCGUGACGACGGAAGAGGCGAAAUAUUUAGCUCCUGGGUUGGAGUUCACCGACGAUGUGAUCGAUGCGGAGUCUCGCGGGGAGCCGCCGUGUGCCGGAGGGUUAUUCAUCCCGAAAGGUGUCGUCGUGGACGCGCCGAGGUACCUCGCGGCGCUCUGGGACGCGUGCGAGCUGUUGGCGUCUCGAGGCCCCGCGGGCACGCGUGCGUCUCUGCGCGUGCGCUCUAUUACGGAUGUGACCGAGUUAUUCGACGAGUUCGAUGAAGUCGUCCUGUGCUGCGGCGCGGGCAUCGCGAAACUCUUCGAUCAGAGCGUGAUACCGGUGCAGCUUCAGGGCGGACACGUGUUGGAGCUCAAACCGGACGAUAGCUUACGCGUGGGCGUGCUCGGGACGACGUACGUCGCGCCGCUCGGUGAAACACGCGCGAUGGUCGGGCCGACGAAGGAAUACGACGCGACCGUGGAUGACUUCUUCGACCGCGCCGGCGUGAUUCAGCGAGACGCGGACGCGCGGGCGACGCGCGCCGAGCGCGAGCUCCGCGAGCUCGCGUCCAGAGCGUACCCACCGACUUCGAGCUGGGAGCUCUUAAACUUAAAGUACGGCGUUCGUGCCAAUCCACCGCGCACACCCGAGGGGGCGCUCCCGCUCGUCGGCGCCGUCACUCUCGGCGACCGCCGUGUCUGGGUCGCCGCCGGUCUCGGCGCCCGCGGUCUCGUGUACCACGCCCUCAUCGGUGAUUGGCUCUCCAGGGCCAUCAUGGAAAAUGACGUGUCACAGAUCCCGAUCGAGUGCCGUUUAGACGUUAGGUAG